AUGGCAUUUACAUUGGAGAACUUUGAUCUCAGCAAUCUCCUUGGCAGUGAUCUCGACGCAUUUACUCAAUCCGCAGCCAAUCUCAAGAACCCGCACAACAACGUCGACUACGACAGUUUUCACGAUUUCUUAUCUCCGCAUCAGGGCGGUGAAUCUAUAGACAGCGAUCUCCCUUACUCGUGGUUCGAUUACAACCGAAACACCCCGCAAAUAAAGACGGAGCCGAUGGAUGAGAUUGUCCCCGUAGAGAGUUUGCCACCGAGCAUGUUCUUCCAACCACCAGCAGCUCUGUCCAAUCCAUCGAUUCACCCACAUGGAUCGGAGGAGCAGGUGGAGAAAGAGCAGUCAGAGCAACCGGAGCAAGAGCAGCAACAGCAGCAUCAGCAUCAUGACCAGCACGUAGAACUAGACUCAGCAUAUGCCUCAGCCUCAGACGACGACAGCGAUGCAACCACUAAACCCACCCCCAAACGCUCUUCUAGGAAGAAUGCAGGUGGGAGCAAGUCGAAACAAAAGGCACUUUCCCCACAAAUCAAGCGCAAAAGAUCAGUCUCUCCAGCGGGAUCAACGAGUAGCAGAAGAUCCUCAGUCAUGGACGCGGAAUUGGAGAAUAUAGAACUACCAAAGAUACAGAAAACAGCACAUUCGUCGCAGUUCGUCCCGCCAGACACGUCCAACUUGCCUAAAAAGGAGGCUAGAUUGUUGAAAAAUAGAGCAGCAGCGUUCCUUUCAAGACAGAGGAAAAGGGAGGCGUUUGAGUUACUCGAAGAUAAGGUUAAUGAGAUUGAGAAGGAGAAGGAUGCGCUGAGGAUGGAGAGAGAUGAGGCGUUUGCUGGCGAACGUCGUGCUCUUGACCAGUUGAAGGCGUUGCAGAUGAGAUUAGAUGGUGAGCGCAUGCAGCAAUAG